UCGUUGCAAUGAACUCAACUCUGGUGAUUCUACUCUUCUCGACCCUGGCUUUGGUCCAGGCGAGGAAUAUUCGUUGGUCUGAGGAGGACAACUCGUCCCAAGAUCCAAGUCUAAGCCAUUCUCAUCCGCACUCCGUCAACUGGCCCUGUGAUGUGGGUCACUUCCCAGAGGCCUUCGUUCUAAUGCACAAGGUGGAUAAGCGACUAGAACGAAUUGACAACGAGAGUACCAAGAAGCGGAGAGAUGGCCAGAUGGACGUGCACUGCGUCCGGCGUUCGAUUGGAUUCACCAUGUCAUUCAUUCAUCACCAAAUGAGCCAGACAUAUGCAAUGUAAGCUCACGACUUGGUGAUCAGUUGAUAUAAUUUAAGGACAUUCCUUUUUUGCAAAAUGAGUUUUAUUAAUCAAAUUCUCUCAAACCAACUAAUUGCUUACAAAUUACCAAAAUAAAUUAAGCUUAAAUAAUAAUUAA